UCCCUAUAAAAGAUAAACCAACAUUAGACUGCAGAGCAUUACAAGUUCCGCAACAGAGAGAAAGCAUCUUUCAAUGAAUCCUUAGAAAGACGCCAUGGAAGUACUCUCUCCCUCGUUCUCCACCACCAUAACCUCCAUAUCUAACAAAUUUCCAAUCCAAAUUUCUUAUUCAACUGUCAAUGUAUUCAAUCCUACAAACAACAAGAACCACACAAAACUCUCCUUAUCCUCCUCUCAAUCUUCCCCCUUUUCUUAUGUUUUUUCAUCUAGGACAAAAGCAACAGUCACUGCAUCAAUAACUACACCUUUAACUUCCCCUCCUAUCUCUUCCAAUAAAACCGGCAACCGCCACUGGAUGGUGCUCAUGGAGAGUCCUCCACAUGGGGUCAAUUCCAAGCCACAAAUCGUUGAUUACUACGUCAAGACUCUAGAGAGAGUUCUGGGCAGUGAAAAAUAUGCUCAAAUGUGCAUAUAUGAUGUUUCUUGUGAUACCCACUUUGGUUUUUGCUGCGAUAUCGAUGAAGAAGCCUCCCGUGAGCUUGCCAGCUUGCCUGGGGUUUUAUCAGUUAGGCCUGACCCAGAUUAUAAUUCUGAGGAAAAAGAUUAUGGUUCAAAUAUUCAAGCGACUAACCUAUCAAAACCAGAAAUCAGAAGUACAUUGUUGUUUCCUGCUGGGACUACGAAAUACUGGUUGGUUAGAAUGGAUAAGCCAGGAGUUGGAGUUGUUACAAAGGCACAAAUGGUUGAUUAUUAUGCUGAAAUACUAACCAAGGUUCUGGGGAAUGAAAAGGAUGCUCAAAUGUGUAUAUAUCAUGUUUCUUGGCGAUCUAAUUUUGGCUUUUGUUGCGAACUGGAUGAGGAAUGUGCUCAAGAAGUAGCUAGUGUGCCUGGGGUUUUAUCUGUUCAGCCAGACAAGAAUUUUGGAUCAGAAAAUAAGGAUUAUGGAGGUAAUAAUAUAGAAAAUUCUGUAGAUCGAUCAACUUCAUCAGAAACAAGUCAAACUCCGGUGAAAACAAAGAAACUUUUUGUAACUGGUCUGUCAUUUUAUACUUCUGAAAAGACUUUACGAGCAGCAUUUGAAGGCUUUGGUGAGCUUGUCGAAGUUAAAAUAAUAAUGGACAAGAUCUCUAAAAGGUCAAAGGGUUAUGCAUUUGUAGAGUACACCACAGAGGAGGCUGCAAGUGCAGCACUGAAAGAGAUGAAUGGCAAGAUUAUUAAUGGUUGGAUGAUAGUUGUUGAUGUUGCCAAGACCAACCCUCCAAGACACAGCAAGGGUCGUCAGAGAAUGGCAGCCUGAGAGAGAUCAAUGAGGUGGGAAAUUUUUCUUCAAACAAGCUACUCAAAUUCCUAAUUCACACAAAUGUACUCAUUAUCUCUGCUGGCUUCUUAUUGUAGAAGCAUAAUCCAAAUUGUAAGAUUGACAUAUCAGUGCCUUCCAUUGAUAUGCUACAUUACCUUUUCUAGAAAUUUUGACUGUUAAGUUAAAAGGAUGCUCUUCUGAAACUAGCCCAUCUCCCCCAACUGCAAUUCGCAUUAUGUUAAUACUCGAUCUAAAACAUUAAUUUUGCCCAUUGGCAUCAUUGAGAUUUACUCAUUUA